CGGGAGGGUUUAACGAAUAUAUAAAUACAUGUGCUCAUUAUGCGGCCACACCAGUUAUCAUUUAUUUGUGCCACGGGCCCAUGUGCAACCUGUUUCACCUACUUUUUAUAUAAUAAAGUGACUGUAAACUUACCUGCAUAAACAGAGCACAAAUCGCAAAAAUGGGAUUUAGGAAAAAGAAAACUAACGCGACGCCAGAAAAUGAACUGGAUAUAUCCUUCUUAGGCAUUUUUCGAUAUGGUACUUUCCUUGAGAUCACAGCGACAUUCAUAGGUAUAUUCAUAAGUAUGAUAAGUGGUGGAGGAAUAGCAUAUAAUUUGAUACAAGUUGGUGAACUAAGCACUGCCUUUGUGGAACGUACCAGUUUUCAAGACCAGCCUAGCAGUAAUAUGCCUCUUCUGUCUGUCUUCGGAGGUGGGAAAAGACUGAACAAUGCAAGUCACGAGGAGAACAUGGAGGCUUUAUUACAAGACGCCACGGCUAUGUUGAUAGGUGCGUUUGUAUCAGUGGGUAUAUCGAUGCUGUGCUGCGCUGUUUCCGUCGCUUUCAUCAGUUGGAGUGCACUUCGACAGAUUACGACAAUACGAAUGCGGUUUUUGGAGGCAGUUCUUCGACAGGACAUGGCUUGGUUCGACACAGACAAUGAGUUCAACUUGGCAUCGAAAAUGUCUGAAAACUUGAUGAAAUUGAAGGAAGGUAUGAGCGAGAAAUUAGCGGUUGUCGGCAACUUAUUGGGGACGUCGGUAAUCAGCAUAGCAGUGGCUAUUCCACUAGGUUGGGAACUGGCACUCGCCUGCAUCACUGUCAUGCCCUUCUCAGUAGCAGCCUCUGUGUACCUCACCAAUUAUCAAACGAAAUCGUCAGCACGUGAGUUGGAGUCUUACAGUCAAGCAGGGAAGCAUGCUGAAGAGAUACUUAAGUCGAUAAAGACAGUCGUGGCCUUCGGUGGAGAGGAGAAAGAAGUUAGGAAAUACCGAACCUUACUGGAACCAGCGGAGAAAUAUGGAAGAAAACGAGGUAUCUACACGGGUGUCGGCAACGGGUUCAACUGGGUUCUCACGUACUGUCUCAACGCCAUCGGUCUCGUAUACGGCAUCAGGUUGGUCUUGGAGGAUCGAGAUAAAUCCGAAGAAGAACGCAGAUAUGUGGUCGGCGUUGUCUUUAGCGUACUAUUCAACGUGUAUAUGGCCACUCAGUCUAUCACUCUGUGUGUACCACACUUUGAAGUGUUCGCGGCAGCGCGUGGUGCCGCUGCCAGCAUUUACUACCUUCUAGAGAGAGAACCAGCAAUAGACAGUCUUAGUACACAGGGCGUCUCCCCGCGACGAGUGGUCGGAAACAUAUCUUUUGAAGACAUCCACUUCAAUUAUCCAUCAAGACCUGACGUCAAGGUCCUAAAAGGUUUCUCACUACAUAUUAAAGCAGGAGAAUGUGUAGCUCUGGUAGGGUCCUCAGGCUGUGGAAAGUCAACCAUAUUACAAUUGUUACAACGACUGUAUGAUCCCCAGUCCGGAUCGGUCAAGCUUGAUGGGAAAGAAUUAAGAAAUCUGAAUUUAGGGUGGCUGCGUUCAUCAUUAGGGGUUGUAGGUCAAGAACCGGUCCUGUUCCACGGGACUAUAUUCGAGAAUAUUGCUAUCGCUUGUCCUGAAGCAACUUUGCCAGAAGUUCAAAGAGUAGCAGCCAUGGCUUACGCACAUGACUUUAUCACAAAUUUGCCAAAGGGUUAUGAUACAGUGAUAGGAGAGCGCGGUGCUUCUCUAUCGGGCGGUCAGAAGCAGCGCAUUGCUAUAGCUCGGUCGCUGCUGCGGGAGCCGGCUGUUCUGCUGUUGGAUGAGGCUACCUCUGCUCUCGACCCUCACUCUGAACGAAAGGUUCAAGCGGCGUUAGACCGUGCCAGCGCUGGAAGGACCACUAUAAUGGUCUCACACAGAUUAUCGACAAUAUUGAAUGCGAACCGUAUAAUUUGUAUGGAUCAAGGAGUGAUAGUAGAACAGGGCACACACGAAGAACUAAUGAAAAAUAAAGGUUUCUACUACAAAUUAGUGACAACGAACAAACAGAAAGGAGAGCCUGAGGAAGGUACUGAACCUUUGCCAGAGCUGUUGGAAGAAGAUAAUGAGGCUGCUGUUAAUAACCACGUGCGAAGCGAAACCAAGAAGAAUAGACCAAGAAUGAGCAAACAAAAUUCAGUAAUAGAAUCUUUUGAAUGGAUGCAAACUCCACGAGGAUCAGUUACUUCCGCCGUGUCGCUGGGCUAUCAAAGUUUUCUGCACAACCAAGAUAUCGAUAAAAAUGACAAUAAUGAUGAGGAAAUUGUACCUUUGAGCGGCUGGGAGAUUUUGAAACUGAAUAGUCCAGAAUGGGUUUACAUUACAAUUGGAUCUGUUGCAGCAUUCCUACAAGGGGCAUGCUUCCCAGCAUUUGCGCUACUUUUCGGUUUCACGAGUGGCAUUUUCAUACUGACUGAUCGCGAUGAGCUUAUAUCCCUGGGCGACAUGUAUGCAGGCUUAUUCGUUGUAGUGGCGGCCAUCGCUGGUGUAUCUAUGUGUCUCCAGAGCUCAACUUAUACCACGGCUGGGUUGAAAAUGACCACCAGGCUAAGAGAGUGGUACUUCAAUGCCUUACUUAGUCAGGAAAUAGGAUAUUACGACAGGGAAUCUAACACAGUUGGAGCACUUUGUGCGAGGCUCAGUGGAGACGCCGCAGAGGUGCAGGGAGCUACUGGGAUGAGGGUCGGACUCAUCUUACAGGGCGUCAGUUCCGUGGUUCUAGGCGUAUUGAUGGGAUUGAGUUUUGAUUGGAAAUUGACUCUCGUGGCCACAGCAUUUCUACCCAUUAUGAUAGGCAGCAUCUGGCUAGAAGGCAUGAUGUCACGAAAAUCUCAAGAAGACGAGAGAGAUGCCAUGGAAUCAGCGACCGGCGUAGCCACAGAAGCAAUCGUGAGCAUUAAAACUGUGCAAAGUUUAGGCAUAGAACCAGUGUUUCUGGAUAAGUUCCAAGAGUCCUUGACAGUAGCUUGUAAAGCAGUGGCACAGAAAUCAAGAUGGCGGGGUGUGGUCCUGGGAAUUGGCAUUUAUGCACCUCUGAUUGCGUUCUGUUGUGCAAUUAUGUAUGGCGCUUCACUCGUUUCUAAAGGGGAAUUGGAAUACAAAAUAGUGCUCUUAGUAACCGAAAGUGUUAUGUUUGGAGCGUACAUGCUUGGUCAAACAUUAGUAUAUGCACCAAGUUUUCAUGCCGCUAAGGUUUCCGCAGCGAGGAUCAUAGGAUUGAUACAGAGACAGCCUCUAGUUAGAACAGAGGAUGGCGUUACUGAUAAAAAGGAUUGGAGUGCUACCGGUAACUUCAGUAUAAAAGAAGUUGAAUUUAGCUACCCUACAAGAAAACAUCAUAAGGUACUCAAAGGAAUUGAUUUGCACGUGGAUGCCGGAAAAACUGUGGCGCUAGUGGGGCCCUCGGGCUGUGGCAAGUCGACUGUAUUACAACUGCUACAAAGAUUCUACGACCCUGACUCCGGCAGAAUCGAAUUGGAUGGCCUUGACAAUCGUUCGUCUCUCACGCUGCCCCGGCUACGUCGUCAACUGGGCGUGGUACAGCAGGAGCCCGUGCUCUUCGACCGCACACUCGCUGAGAACAUCGCUUACGGAGACAACACCAGAAAGGUCACCAUGCACGAGAUCAUAGAAGCCGCCAAAGCAGCGAACAUACACACCUUCAUAACUUCCCUACCAAAGGGCUACGACACAAACCUUGGAUCUGGCGGAGCGCAGCUGUCUGGCGGUCAGAAGCAGCGAGUGUGCAUUGCGCGCGCGCUCAUUCGGUCUCCGCGACUCUUGUUACUUGAUGAAGCCACUUCUGCGCUAGACGCGAACAGUGAACGGGUAGUAUCAGAAGCACUAGAAAAAGCAGCCGAGGGUCGAACUUGUGUAACCAUCGCUCAUCGUCUCACUACCAUCAAAGACGCAGACCUAAUCUGCGUGCUGGACAAAGGUAAAAUUGUGGAGCGUGGUAAUCAUGCAGAUUUAUUAAAGUUGAAAGGCCAUUACUGGCGAAUGUGCAGAGGGCAGGAAGCUCCGUGAAUGUAAAGAAAGAAGUGAUAAUUUUGGUAUUACUAAAAAAGCCUGGGGCAGUAGUCUGCGUAUCCUUAUUAGUUACGUAAGGGCCAAAUUCCGUCUUAUUUACCCAUAUAAGUUUGUGUAGAAAAUAUUAUUUAUUAAGAGUAAACACAUGUUAACGUUACCUACAAGUCUAGCCGUCUAAGUAUUUUGUUAUUUAUAUUUGUAAAUAUAAGUUGUGAAAUAAAAAAAAGGAUCUUUGUAUUACAUAUUUCGUUUAUUUAUUUUGAAUAUUUUCAAAAAUCAUCUCUCCACAAAUGUGCUAAUCAUCUAACUCACAAUAUCACUUCACGAUGCUUUUCUUUUUGGCGAUACCCUGUAACUUUCUAAAUGUAGUACAUUGUUAAAAAGCUUAGGCAAAAAAGAGCUGACGACAGAGACUGAGCAGUGUUGUGUGGCGUUUUGUUUACGCGAACUGUUAUUAGCAGCGGAGCUGAGGCGACGUUAGAUUUAUUUCUCUAUAAAUUAUAUGUCCGAAAAUAUCUUUAAGAAUACUCUUGAGAGAAAUGUUUAACCAUACUCUUGCUUUUUCGUAUCUGUUUAAUGAAUUAUUAUUAAAAGAUUUCGCCCCACAACACCACAUUUCUCCCAAUUAUUCGCAUGUAUAUGAUAUGACUUGUCCUAUACAUGCGGACGAUUACAUUUGCUGGUACAAAAAUAUAUACACUAACGUAUAUUUUACAUACUAAUGAGAAAUAAUAUCAAACAUGAUUGUUACGAGCGAUUCUUCCGAAAUUUUAAGGAAGUACAAAAUCGUCGAUUUUAUUUUCAUAUUCAAACAAUGGCUUUGGUAAUUAAAUGUAUAGCACGGUACCGACAAGAAAUUCAUUAAUAUACACGAGUACGAAUAAAAUAGACCUAUUGGCUCCUUAAAGCUGACGCCGAAUGCUAUGGAUUGCUUGUGCGGUCUAAACGUGAACUUAUACUCAAUAAAAUAUUGAACGCCGUACGACAAAAAAUUGAAUUAAAUAUUUUCCGACGAACCGCUCUAAUGAACAGUGCACACUAAUUGAAGGCCAUUUUCAGUUAUCUAUAAAUCACUGGCCUGCUUACUAGAUAUAGGAUUUCGACAUAAGCUUCAUAUAAAAUGUAUCAAAAUGCUAUCUCUAGCCGAACCAAAGAAUCCACAGAUAUUGAGAAAGGCUGUUAGUGAAACAUAAACUGAAAUGUAAGUGCAUACAUGGACAUGUACGAAGUUAGGUUUACUUGUUAUACUUAUGAACAACUUGUUAUCUCUUCACUACAUCCACUUAUUCAAUAAUUACGUGAUUAAGAUGAUUAGACCGAUGUAUGAUACAUAUACAUGUUAUAGAAAACAGUAUCACAUAGCUUCGGACCGGGGUCAUCGACCUCGGACUGCAGCGACAAGAUUACCAUCUGUAGUUAACUGAUACAACAAAACAAUAAUAACUUUAACAUAAUGUGCUAUCAACUAAGAACGCGGAACAAAAUAAAAUAUAUCUUGCUUACAGUUGCCAUCUCAUCCCGAACAUACACUUCAACAAUCCCUUUAAAUAUUGUAUACAAUUUUGAUGGCGCAUAUUUAUUUUAACCUACAUACCAUACCAUAGGCUUUUCUCCUGCAUUCUAUAUUAAUGCUAUUCUUAACACAUUUCUACAAACUUUAUUAUAAUUUUGUUGCGAUGGGUAAAUUAUUUCUUUCAUAACAAUUAUUCAAUAUUUAAACAUUCAUAAAAUCCAAAACAUAAGCAAAACGCUUACUAAAUAAACUAUGAAAGAUGAUACAAUACAUAUUUUAUCAUUUCAGUCAAAAUAAUAUAAUUAACAAACAAAAACAUUUUAUAAUAAAAUUGCCUAAAACCAAUUUCUAUAAUUUCCCAUUAUUAUAAACAAUAAUAAAACAAGAUUCAGGUGUGUACAUAUUACAUAAAGAAUAGGUAGAAAUAAUGAAUUUGUAUGACUAAAUAUUUGCCGAUGGCGUUGAUGCCGACAAAUAUCAUUUUUAUCCUAACUUACCAACAUUCCGUACCUAACUAAAAUAUUAACCAAUAUAAAAUAUAUAAAAUUUAAUGGAAACGUAAACAAGAACGUAAUUUCAGUACGCAGACUGCGCACUAUCAAUGCUACAAUCACGGGAUCUAAGACUGCCAUAUCGAUAUUUUAUAAUUACGGUAUUACAAGCAAUUACAAAAGUCAGUUGGGAUUAUUUUAUUAGUAUCGGAAGUAAUUCGAUGAGUCGAGUUAAUGAACGACUUUUACCGAUGCACUAUUCUCUCGCCGCUUUUGUAAUUAUCUGUAUUUAUAAUAUACACCCAAGGUACUCUACUGACAUAUACUUACAAUUACUAACUAAUACUAAAGUAUCUGUACAUACAUUAUAGUCAUUUAAUGUAUCUGCAUGACAAAAAGAGUUCCGCAUACCGAACUACCGUGCACGGUCUAAGAAUAAACGAUUAUAGAAAAGUUAGUAAACUUGCAUCCGAGCAAUAAGAGUAAAAAAGUGCACGCUGCAUGCUCGUUUUUUAUUCUCACAGUAUAAUAUAUAGUCAUUUGCACAACCGACGUUGUCACUCAAAUAGUAACAAGUUUGAACGAGACACAAUAACUACUUUCCUCCCUGAUUUAUAAAUAUUCAGCCACGGCAAGAGUCACGGGCUUGCCUGUGCUCGGCCAGUGCCCGCUUUCUCAUUAUCGCACCGCGUUCGGCAUGAGGAGCUCGAUAGUUUCCUCAACUUUGUACGAAUCCCACGACCGCCUAACUGGCCACUCGAUUAAUUUAGAAUCGACAUCACAUCUAUGAUAAAAAUUUGAACAAUUUAUACAAUUGCUAAAUAGCUUGACGAAAAUAAUUAAUUUAAUUAUAAUAUUUUUUUUAUUUGUUCUUUUUCAAACAAACGAACAAGAGAUGCAAUGAAAAACCAAUGCAGUCUCAAUAUAACGUAUAAGUUUCAGUAUAUAUUAUAAACUUUAACGUAAUGAACUAAGAAAAAUAACAACAACAAAUCUAAAACGAAAGUGCCUAAAAUAUUUUUUCUACAAAAUGUAACAAAAUUAUAUAAUGUGAAUAAUCGACAAAGCCAAUUAACAGCAUUCCAGCCAAAUAAUAAAGCCGUUCAAAAAGGCAUUAAUGAUUUGUCAAUAUAAGAAAUAAACCAUUAACUGAUGUUUCACAGGUCAUGAACGCGACUAUCUCAAAAACAACGUAACGUAAAUAAUUACCUAGCCACUAAAUUCAGUAACGAGAUCAAAAUAUGUGUAAAAUUAUAUUUUACAAAACCAUGUUCUUUCGGUGAAACGUCUGAAACAAAUCACGGCAAAUGGCACGUUGUAGAUCGAAUCGAAUAAUGUGUAGAUAUUAAAACAUAACAACACUUUCUUGAAAUCAUCAUAAAACUGUACACGGGAAUAUGACCUUAAAUACAAAGUAAAAAGAUUGAAUGCUUCUUUACGAGUUCUGUUCGAAGGUUCAACAGUUUUGAACAUGUUUUAUGAUUGGAAGGACAUAUAAUACAGGUAUGAAGGUGACGUUUGCAUAUUUGUCACAAUAACGUGAUACAAGAACACGCCAAGGAUGAAUAAAAGUGCGAAAUUGAUUCCACAUAAUUAUGGCGAAAUACUAAAUUCAGUUCUAUAAGGCAGACAAGCUUUGCAACAAGUAGGUACCCGUGUACAGGAUCACCGCAUAACACAAAAAGAUUUCAAAAAUAUGUACUGAAUUAAGUGCCUACUAAAGUAUUUAAAAUAAUUACUUAACUUCAAUCUUGUAUAUUUUCUAUUACAAGUUAAAUAGUUUGUUAGAUAUUGCACAGCCUUUUAACACAAGAAACAAUUAAACAAGAAACUGUAAAAUAUAUACAUAUUUAUCAAUGAACAAGUUUCGUUGAAACGUACCAUGCGCCUGAGCGUAGAGCUUGUGUUCUUUACAAUAACAAAGUAAAAGUAAACGUAAAACGAAUAAUGCAUACAGGCGCCUGUAUAAUAAAUUCUAUACACCUGUCAACAAUAAUUCAUGACUCGGUAUGAGCCGCGAGAUAUUGCACGGCAAAUGUUUAGAACAAAGUGUAUCAUGAAUUAAUUGAUAGACCGAAGCUGCGCUUUUCCUACAAAUAAACAGAUUGGCAAGUGUAGUGUACCUGUACGUGUACGUAUGGUACGCGUUUUAACUAAAUUAAACUUAAUAACAACGAUGUGUGGUAAAUUCGGUCGGGGCGGCUCACUGCGGCAUGUGCGGGUGGUGUCCGCCGGCGUGCGGCGGGUGUUGCUGCGGGUACCCGGUGAUGGCCCGCGGCGUGCCUGCCUCGUAAACUAUUUGUGCCGGUAGACGCUGGUUCUGUUGUAUGUCUUCUGGGUUCACGUAUGGGCCUUGGACCUGGUUUGUCAAUAAUCAAAUAAACUUUAUUCAACUGUUGUUUUAUUCUGUUAAGCACGCG